CCUCUGCCUUCAGCAAUGGCGGGUGAUCUCAGUCCAGCGCCGACCAGCCGAGCUCUUCCUUCUCCUUCUCCUUCUCCUCCUUCAUCCGGCCCGAUGUCGCUGACGACGCGCCUCCCCGGCCCGGCCCUCUUCUCCGCUCGCUGCCGCCGCAAGUUCCCGCCUUUCCCUUCCCACGCCACCCCUUUCCGGCGCCUCCCGAGCCGCCGGGCGUUCGCCUUCGGUGGCAUCCGGGCGACGUCCUCGUCCGUCCAGUCCCCCGCGAGGACCGCCGCCGGCGACGCCCCCGAUGCCGCUAUGGACGCCGUCCAGAGGCGCCUCAUGUUCGAGGACGAAUGCAUUUUGGUUGACGAAAAUGAUCAGGUUGUCGGUCAUGAAUCAAAAUAUAAUUGUCACUUAAUGGAAAAAAUUGAAAAGGAACAUAUGCUGCACAGAGCUUUCAGUGUUUUCCUCUUCAACUCAAAGUACGAGUUACUGCUUCAGCAACGAUCUGCUACAAAGGUAACUUUCCCCCUUGUAUGGACAAACACCUGCUGCAGUCAUCCCUUGUACCGGGAGUCCGAGCUUAUUGAUGAGAACGCUCUGGGUGUCAGGAAUGCUGCACAGAGGAAGCUCUUGGAUGAGUUGGGUAUUCCUGCUGAGGAUGUGCCAGUUGAUCAAUUCAUCUCACUAAGUCGCAUCCUUUAUAAGGCUCCUUCUGAUGGCAAGUGGGGAGAACAUGAACUUGACUACUUGCUCUUCAUUGUUCGAGAUGUCAGUGUCAAUCCAAAUCCCGAUGAAGUCGCCAAUGUCAAGUAUGUGAAUAGGGAGCAGCUAAUAGAGCUGCUGAGGAAAGUCGAUGCUGGUGACGAAGGUCUGAAGCUGUCACCCUGGUUCAGACUAGUUGUGGACAAUUUCUUGUUCAAGUGGUGGGAUCAUGUCGAAAAAGGGACUCUCCAGGAGGCUGUUGAUAUGGAAAACAUUCACAAGCUCACUUAAGAUCAGUUAGAAACAAACACUUCUAGGAGCUAUGCUGAUAACAGCAUCCUCGACUGCAAUAAACUCACAUGUCGAAAGGUUCCGAAGUAGUGGGUGUUAUGUGGUUAUUUGAUUAUGGUCUGCUCUUUUUUUAGUUGAAAGCUUCUCUUCUGCCUUGGUUUUUACAACAUCUCUUCUUAUGCCAAGACAUGCUUUUGGAUAUUGGUCUAUGAUAUCCGUUUUAUCUUGUGACUCUCA